AUGGAUGGUGCAACUGUUGAGUUUGACUAUUCCCCUCAUUGGAAAAAUGAAAGUGAUCAACCGAAUUGGUCUUCAGUAUCAUGUUUGAAGACUGCUGCUGAUGCUGCAUGUUCAAUGUAUACUUUGUCUCUAAAUCGAGAAGCUACACCAAAUCUUAUUGUGUCAUCUGAGAGAUCAGUCAAGUCAAUGACUGAACAGCAGUUAGAUGAAAACAUGGAAGAGGGAAUAGAAAAUUCUGCAGUGGAAGAAGGAAAGGAAAAGGAAAAUGAUAAGGAAAAAGAAGAGGAAAAUGGAAAUGAGAAGAGCAAGGAAACUGGAAAUGAGACUGAAUAUGAAAAGGUGAAGAACAUAAAACUGGUUCACAUAGAUUAUAUUUUGGAGAAGGCUGAAACUGGCGUUCAAUUUGACCUAGAAUUUACAGUUAGCAUGGAUUUCAUUGCUGUCAGCAAUGGUGACUUGCUUUACCAGGCUAACUGCUCAGUAUGUGAAUCUGAUGUUAGUGGUGCAACUGCUUUGAGCUCUACUGCUGCUUCAAGUGAUUUAUAUGGAACUCAAGCAAUCGGUUCAUAUGGGAAAGUUCGUUCAUUGAAAGCUGUAGCUGUUUUCAAAUGUUGGAGAAGCAGAUGGGACCAGACUCAUUUCGGAAGCUUUAUGCCUGGUUAUAAUGGGGUCUUGACUGUCAGCUGCAUUCGUACCCUUGUACGAAUAGCAAAGAAGGUGCCAUCUUUUGUAUGCCUUGAUCACAUUUUUGAAUUGGUUGCCCCUUUCCGCAACAUGGACAAACCAUGGAAAGGUCAUGAUCCAUUACCACCCCUAACUCUAGUUGGUCUUCUUCAUCUGCUUGCUGGCACAAAGGCAUACAAUAACAUAUUUCUUCGUCAUCAAGUGUUCUGCAUAUUGCAAGUUGCUGCUGGAAGGUCCCCAACGUUAUUUGGUGUUCCAAAGGUCCUCACACCCCCUCUGGUGGUCAACUACAUCUUCAGUGAUCAACACACUAAAGAUGAUUCCUCAAUUCCUCAACCAUCAUAGUCUCAGGAACCUUCCACUAGCACUCCUAGUGUCCGGGAGGUCUUACCGACCUCUGGACCCACUCAAGAUGCUGAUAUAUCUUACUGCAGUGAAAGAAGGAAUGUGGUCAAAAUUAGGGUGAAGCUUACUGCAUCUUCCAGUAAAGCAUCUGAUGCUGACCAUAGAGGCCAUUCUGAUGGCGCAAGAAAUGAAAAUGAACCGGGUCAAUGCAGCUCAAUGUCAAUGGAUGCCCCCAUGGCUGGAGCAGCAAAUGAACCAUUAAAUGUAAGCAAUCAUAACAUUGAGGAACAAAACUCAUGUCACGACCUUGGAUCAAGGAUGUCGGCAAGUGUUAGCAAUGCUAAACUAAUGGACAGACAUGAUAUUUCCAAGGAGCUACAGUGCACUGCUGAUUCCAGGCUGGAUACUGUUCCCAAGGAUCAGUUCUCUCCUGCCAUUAAUCCGCCGGAAGUUUUAGACAAACCUGGCAGUCAGCUUGAAGGUGUCUCCAACUAUGAUGUAAACCAAGCUCCAGAACUGAACGGAGUGGAAACAGAAGAGAGAGAAAAAAACAAGAAAGAUAAAAAGCUGAAACGUGACGAAAAACUAGAUAAAAAAAUAUGACCCAGAGUAUCUAGAGAAAAGCUCCUUAAUAAGAAGGAAAAGAAAGAGUUGGCCAGAAAGCAGCUAGAAGGAAGAGCUACCCCUGAACAGCGGAGAGCAGUGAACCCUUCAGGUUCACAGGAAGUUUUGCCUUCAAGGCCACCAGCUCCAGUUCUAAGUGUUGAAACACCUGUUCGAAUCUCUGAACCCCAGGUAUCAAGCAAGGAAACAGCUGUAGAUACUGCACGUGCAGCAGCCAAACCAAGGAUAAAGAUCAGAGUCAAGCCCUUGGUAAGAAAAUCUGAAGGGAAUUAAAAAAGAUUGUAGAAUUGUGGCCAGUCUGCCAUCAUUUGUAAGGAUUACUGUACAGCAGGAAAAAUGCGGGUUUAGUUAUUUUGUGAAUGGCUGAUGUAUCCUGUAAAAAAACAUUGCUCUGCUCUAGUAAUUUCUGGGGUAAUCGAAAUCUGAGUUCUAGGGUAGUCCAUAUUUUCUGCUGCAGUUGCUUUA